AUGGCUUAUGAUUUUGAGCCAGUCUAUGAACGUUUUAGGAAGCAAGCCCCGCCUAGCUUCGAAGGGAAUGCCGACCAUAUGGUGGCGGAAGAUUGGGUGAAGUCGGUAGAAGCUAUCUUUGACCACAUGGAGAUGAAUGACCAUCAAAGGAUUUCAUGUGUAGCUAACCUACUCAAAAUGGAUGCAAGGAUAUGGUGGGACAUGGUGAAGCAGACUCGUGACCUAAACACUAUGACCUGGGUAGAUUUCAUUCAAGCGUUUAACAAAAAGUAUUACAUUACAGUUGUAUUGGCAACCAGGGUGGAUGAGGUUGUAACCUUGUUUCAAGGAAACCUUUCUAUUGCCGAUUAUGCUCAUAAGUUUGAUAGGUUGGCGAGGUUCACGUCUAAAAUAGUACCAACUGAGGCCAUGCGAGUUGCGAGGUUUAAGGAAGGACUUAAGUCCAUGAUUGCUAGAGAUGUCAAGUUGACUAAUGUUAAGAUGGUUAGUUACGCUAAGGUUUUGGAUAAGGCUCUUGAUGUGGAAUACUUGGAGGAACGCAUAUGGAAGGAUAGUGUAGAAAGAAGGGUGGCAAAUAGAAACAAGGGUUUCUAG